CUGUGUCUCUGUCUGUCAAAUAAAUAAAAUCUUUAAAAAAAAAAAUUUUUUUUUUAAAGUUUUACUUAUUUAAAUAAUCUCCAGGGGUGCCUGGGUGGCUCAGUCAGUUAAGCAUCUGCCUUCAGCUCAGGUCAUUACCCCAGGGUCCUGGGAUCGAGCACCGCAUCGAGCACCGCAUCGAGCACCGCAUCGGGCUCCUUGCUCUGCAGGGAGCCUGCUUUUCCCUCUCCCUCUGCCUGCCUGCCUGCCUCUCCCCCUGCUUGUGCUCUCUCUCUCACUCUCUCUCUCUCUGUGUCAAAUAAAUAAAUUAAAAAAGUCUUUAAAUAAUCUCCAAACAACAUGGGGCUCAAACUCACAACCCCGAGAUCAAGAGUCACAUGCUCCCCCGACUGAGCCAGCCAGGUGCCAGGUGUGCUCUAAUUCUUAACGCCAUGACAUGAAUUGCUUCAGUUUCUAUUCAUCCCUGCACAUCAUUUGAGAACAAAUUUAAUAUCGCCCAAAAUACGCUCGGCAAUGCAAGUUCCCUUAAAUAAGCCAGCUCAUGAUUUAAGUGAGAGGGUAUCAUCCCCCCACAGACAUGAGAGAAUCAUGCCCUGGGAAUGUUCAUGACUCUGAAGAAGGAUGAGACUCUUUCAAAGUAGAAACUUAAUUAUGAACUUAGCUUUUCACCAAGGAAAGAAAAGGCCUUGCUAAAAACAAAUAAUUGUGUGGGUUCGUCGAAAUAAUUUAUAGGUAGUAUCCGUUCUGUUGUUUUUUUUUUUUUAAUGCAGCAGACAUUGUAUGUCGUAAUUUAAAAAUCAUAUACCAAAGGCUCAUAGCAACAAUAAAAAUGACCACUCUUUUGUGAUUUGGGAGCAGUGAUUUUCAGCUCUGUCAGCUCUUACUCCUAGCAGUUAUUUUGUAUUUCUAAAUUAUAUGGUUUUAUCUUGAUUUGUAAGUUUUUAGCAUUAUGUAUGUAUUUCUUUGUAUGACACUUGAGAUUUAGCUCUUUUACAUCCCACCUUCUCUGCAGCCUCGGAAUAGGAUUGGGUCCCUCUUUUUAGCUAAGUAAAUGAUCAUUAUUAUGCAAAUGUAUUGCACUGUCAGCCCAGGUAGAGCGCCCCAAUUACAGCACCCCAGUCGGCAGCUUUGAACUUUUUCUUAAGUUGACACUUGCCUCAUUUUUUUUUUACGCCAUCUCUACACCCAACAUGGGGCUCAACCUCACGGGGUCUAGAGUCUCUUGCUCCGUCAGCUGGGCAGGUGCCACAGACACUUGCCUCUCGUUUCCCUUGGAUUUUUCCCCCGUAUACAAUCCUCACUUCUUUCUAAAGCCCUAUCUCAUUGUCUUUGCCUCCUUUUCUGGACGUCUGCUCCCCCCACCCCCCAACCCCGCAGACCCCAGUGGCCACACACCCUGCUUGGGUCUUCCAUUCUUUGUCCUUCGGAUUUGGAGCAAUUCUUCCGGGGCUGACCUCUCUUUCCAGGCACAGCUGCCUUGUUUUGCUAGAAUCUAAACUCUGAACACUGGUGUGGCCUCAGCUCCUCUUCCUCCCAGCUCUAAAAUAACUACGGUAAGAACUUUAACCAUUGGGAUGCCUGGGUGGCUCAGUCGUUAAACGUCUGCCUUCGGCUCAGGUCAUGAUCCCAGGGUCCUGGGAUCGAGUCCCACAUCGGGCUCCCUGCUCAGUGGGGAGUCUGCUUCUCCAUCUCCCUCUGCUGCUCCCCCUGCUUGUGCUCACUCGCUCUCUCUCUGACAAAUAAAUAAAAAUCUUAAAAAAAAAAAAAAAGAACUUUAACCAUCUGCCUCAACCUGUCCCACUCACCCAAACACCCCCACACCGCUCCUUCACGAGCACACCGUCAAGAAAAAAACCUACAUAAUACUGAAUGUCAGUUAUAGCGCUAUAAAACUGGGAGGGGGUGGUUAUGAGGAAUUUUAGAUAAAUUGGUAUUAGUGACAGUGCUGUGGCUUGUCAGCUGUGCUUGCAUCCUUCAUCUCUUUGUAGAUGUUAGGAAAAGGGUAAAUUCAGUUCCUUCUGUGUCUCAGUGUCCUCUUAAAUUGGGGAUCAUGUUAAUGUCUGUCUCAAAACUGCUGAGAGUCACAUGCCUACAUGAACCCAUUAAACAGAGUGUAAUUUCUUUUUUUUUUUUAGAGAGAGUGGGGGGCAAGGAGGUGGCAUGGGGAGGGACAGAGGGAGAGGGAGAGAGAAAAUCUUAAGCAGGCUCAGCGCGAAGCCCAAAUGGGGCUCGAUCUCACGACUCUGAGAUCAGGACCUGAUCAAGAGUCGAACGCUUAACCGACUGAGCCACCCAGGCGCCCCCAGAGUGUAAUUUGUGCCAUACACGGAGCACUCAGUAAGUUUUAGCUGUUACCAUGAUUACAGAUUAUUCUCAUGUUAAUUCUUUUCAUUCAGUAUUAUAAACUAUCCACAUAGGGGCACCUGGGUGGCUCAGUCGUUAAGCGUCUGCCUUCGGCUUGGGUCAUGAUCCCGGGGCCCUGGGAUCGAGCCCCGCAUCGGGCUCCCCGCUCUGCAGGAAGCCUGCUUCUCCCUCUCCCACUCUCCCUGCUUGUGUUCCCUCUCACGCUGUCUCUCUCUCUGUCAAAUAAAAAAAUAAAAAUCUUAAAAAAAAAAAAAAACCUGUCCACAUAUACAAAUUAUUUUUGCAUCACAAUAAAUUUGUAGUUUUCUAUCUAAAGAUUUCUGAGUACUUUUCAUGACUUGUAUUCCAAUUAUUUGGUUGCAUUUUUAACCAAAUCUAGUUUACUUAUUAAAUCUUGUUAUAUUUUCUGAUCCCUCUUAAAAAAAAGGAAAAUUUUAUUUUGAAUUAGUUGGAAUCCAACAGCUUCCUUUGUAAUCAGAUCAAAUAUAUGAGCAAUUGUAUCUUUAAGAUUUUAAAAAAUUGUAUGUCACCUCCAAACAAAAGAUUUUCUAUCUAAAAAAAAAAGUAGCCACAGAUUCAUAUGUUCUCAAUUGGGACUGCUGCUUGUCUCCCCAAUAUUUAAUAUUUAAUACCUACCUUUUCCUCCUGUUAAAACCCAGAUUUAAUUUGGGGUGGCCUUCUCCAGCUCUCUUGCUAAUGGUGGUUAGGAGAAGUUAAUAGGAGUCAUCAGGUGGCACUUCUAGAAAGUUCUUUGAAAGGGCUGGCUCAGCCUGAAGCACACUCUUCUGUCCUAGCUGUCCUCAUUCCAGGAGUGUCCAGCUAAUGUUUGGACAGACAUCUCACGCUAAGGAUGGGCAAGCAGAAGGUAGAAGUCGUUGCUGGCCAGCAGUCGUCCUGCCAGCCCCAUGCUCCUGGUGCUGAACACUUCAUUAACGGGAGAGAAAAACAAAUCUUUGCUUGGUGAAUACAUGGGCUGGCCUCUUACCCACACCUAGCUCAGUUUCUGACUGAUGCAUGAGAGACUUCAAUUAUUUAAUGAAAAUACCACUUUCCUUAGAAAUUGAUUUUUUUUUUUUUAAACCUAGUUAACUAUAGAGUAAUUUACAUUACCCACUGGGACCUAAUUCUUCACUCAGAAAAGUUCAAGCCCUAUUUGAAAGGAGAAAAAGCAUAGCCGAGCUUUCAGAGUACUACAGUCCUGCUAUUAGCUCUAGGGCCCCAUUGCAUUUUGCAGCCUGGGGAGACCGUUCGCUUCUUGCAGCUGCCUGGUUCUCCUGUGAGCCCUCCUAGGUGUGCAAGGGCAGGAGCCCUGCCUGCGUUUCUGCUUCUGCUUUUGUUCCCAUUUCUGACCACUGAUGCUCCAUCCCAUUUCAUCUCCAUCAACAGAGCUACCAUCCUCAGGUCUAGUUGGAAUUCUCCCAGAAUUUUCCAGUGCCAUGUCCUCUACUCUCCUGGAAUGUUUAAGACUUGACUUCCUCUGAUCUGCCCCAGGAUCAGCUCACCCACCAUCUCUAGGGGAACUUACAUGCUCACAUCCCCAGACCACAGAGAUGAAAAACUGUCUUAUUUUAGUUCUUAUUUCCUUGAGUGCUGUCUAGUGGAGUCACUUCCUGUGUAUCCUCCCAGGCAUUGUGCUUAAUCUCCAAACAGUUUCAUCCUGUAGAUGUGGGUGUUCUGGGUUUUUUGUUGUUGUUGUUGUUUUUGGUGGUUUUGUUUUGUUUUCUGCUUAAGCUUUUCUGUCAAUAUGUACCUGACUUCUAGAAAUUUCUCUCAAAAUUGUGGGGUCUGAACAUAUCAUUUGUGUGUUCUUUUUUAAUGAGUUUAAUAGGUUUUUUGAAGAGAGACAUAAGUGCUCGUGCCUUUCAUUGAAGUCUGGCCUAUAUUCUGGCAAUCAGUUGAGCUUUUCUUUGUAGUGUGAAAUGUAGUUGAUUUCUGUAGGUAGGCUUGUGCAUUGAAAUUGUGUAAUUAGUUUUCAGAGGUAGAACUUGAUGUGUCUAUAUUAGAUCAGCCUUAUUCUGUUGUCCAGGGACUUCAUACUCCCUUUUUGUGGUUUGUGAUUGAUAAAAACCAAUUGAGGUUAUUUGUUUUUGAGUACUGUUGUUAUUCUGAAUAACUUUAUGCAUAACAUACAUAGCUGGUAUUUUUCAUUUUCAUUUUUUUAAAAAAUAUUUUUAUUUAUUUGAGAGAGAGCAUGUGCAUGCAUGCACAAGCACAGAGGGAGAGGGAGAAGCAGGAGAGCCCAACACAGGGCUUGAUCCCAGGACCCUGAGGUCAUGACCUGAGCUGAAGGCAGACACUUAACCAACUGAGCCACCCAGCCGUCCCAUAUAACGUAUUUUUUAAUGUUUUUUUUCUGAGAGGCACACGAGAAAGUGCUUUCUUGAUUCAUCUCUAAUCUUUAGUUUACCAGGUUAUACAUGUACAAAAUGGAAUGAAGCACUUUUCUUUUUUGUUUGUUUGGUCUUUUUAAGAUUUUAUUUAUUUAUUUGAAAGAGAGAGAGAGUGUGAGUAUGUGCAUAAGCAGGGGGAGUGGCAGGCAGAAGGAGAGGGAGAAGCAGGCUCCCCGUUGAGCAGAGAGCCCAAUGACAUGGGGCUUAAUCCCAGGAUCCUGAGAGAUCAUGACCUGAGCCGAAGGCAGACGCUUAACCGACUGAGCCACCCAGGUGCCCCAAGGAAUGAAGCACUAUUUGAUACCUUGUUCUAGCUGAAUUAAAUCAGUCAUUAUUAAGGAAAAAUAGACAUUGGGAGAUCAUAUAGAUUAUAGGCUAACAAAUCAUUAGGAGGUCUUACUAAGAUGAUGAUGAUAUUUGAAAAUAUGACAUAUUGACCUGCCUUGUUUAUAAAACUACCCAGAAUAGUGGUUAAAUGUUAAACUGUCUUCACCACGUUACCGUGCUUUAAAUUUUUUUUUACCAAAAAAAUUGUUUUUGUAAAAUAUAAAUUGUAUGCAUAUUGUAUGCAAAAUUGACCAUUUUGACCAUUUUUAAGUGUAAGCUCGGUGACAUUAAAUAUAUUCACAGUGUUAUGCAGCCAUCACCACCAUCCGUGUCCAGGACUUUUUCAUCUUCCCCAACUGAAACUCUACUCGCUAAACACUGACUCCCAUUGCUUCCUCCCCAAAGCCCCUGGUCACCCCUAUUCCACUCUUGUCUCUGAAUUUGCCUAUUCUAGAUACCUCAAAUAUUAGUGCAAUCAAGUAAUAUUUGUCCUUUUGUGUCUGGCUUAUUUCACUGAAUGUAAUGUUUUCAAGGUUAGGGUUAGGGUUUCAGUGUCAUCAAGGUUAUCAUGUAUCAGUGUAGUAUGGCCAAACAAUAUUUCAUCAUAUGGAUAUACCGCAGCUUAUUCAUCUGCUGAUGGACACUUGGGUUCCUUGUACCUUUGGCUAGUGUGAAUAAUGCUGCUAUGAACACGGGGACAAGUGCCUUCAGUUCUUUUGGAUAUACCCUGGAGUAGAACUGCUGAGUCACACGGUAAUUCUAUGUUGAACUGUUUGAGGAACUGCCAAACAAGUGGCUUUACUUCCCAUGGCGCUGUCACUCUUUGCAUUGGCUCAGAGUCCACCCUCCUUGCUACCAGGGUGUUGCUAGAUAAGCUGACCUGUGACCCUGCCUGUGCCCAGCUGUGUGUCCCUCACUUAGGGCCAUUCACUGCUCUCUGAACACCUGUGGAAAAGGUGCUGCAGAGUGCUCAAGGGAGCCUGCCUAUUGCUCGUUUGAUGGCCCGUGAAGUCCAAGCCUACGGGCUGUAAAGCGAUUGCUUCCUGGCAAGUCAUACACAUUGGCAAACUUGGGGAUCUCAAGGAAGAUGAUGCCCAUCUAGUUAAAGGUUCCGUCUAUGAAACCUGGUAGCAGCCAGCAUGAUAGCGCUUAGGUCCUGAAUGCAAAAUGGAGACCUUGAAUGCAAACCGAAGACCUUAAACAUACUUCUGGCAGGAUAGAAGUUGUAAAAACUGUGACCCCUGAGGCUUUACCAAGCCCUAGCCUCAGUGCCAAGGUCAAAUUUGUGAACUGUCCAGGGAAGUCUCUCCGUUUUGUUAAAGAACAAGUCUUGUUUCACCUCUGUAGAGAAAGCAUGCCGAAUAGCACUGCAUAUCAGAAUAAUUUUACAAAUUCAAAAACACAGUGAAGCUUUUCACGUCACUGGUGGAAUCCUUGGUUCCCUGACGUUUUCUCGGGAUGAGCAGGUAGGCUUCUCCAAGGAAUAGUGUUGUUGGUGGUUGAGUUUGUAUAGGCAUACCUCAUUUUACUGUGCUUCACUUUAUUGUGCUUUGCAGAUACUGUAUUUUUUAGAAAUUGAAGGUGUGUGGCAACCCUGUGUUGAGCAGGUCUGUUGGGGCGAUUUUUCCAGCAGUGUUUGCUCACUUUCUGUCUCUGCGUCACAUUUUGGUAAUUCUCGCAAUAUUUCUAGUUUUUUUCAUUAUCAACGUAUUUGUUACAGUGAUUUGUACUCAGAGAUCUCUGAUGUCACUAUUGUAAUUGUUUUGGGGGCACCGAGAACUAUGCCAAUAUAAGACGGUGAACUUCAUUGGUAUAUAUGUGUGUUCUGACUGCUCAACCGACUGCCUGUCUCUCCCCCUCUCCUUGGGCCUCCCUAUUCCCACGGACACGACAGUAUUGAGAUUAGGCCAAUUAAUUCUGCAGUGGCCUCUGAGUGUUUAAGUGAAAGGAAGAGUCUCACAUUUCUCACUUUAAAUCAAAAGCUAGAAAUGAUUAAACUGAGUGCAGAAGAUGUGCUGAAAGCUAGGCCUUGUGUGCUGAGCAGUCAGCCAAGUUGUAAAUGCAAAGGAAAGUUCUUGAAGGAAAUUGAAAGUGCUACUCCAGUGAAUACACACAUGAUAAGAAAGUGAAACAGCCUUAUUACUGAUAUGAAGAAAGUUUGAGUGGUCUGCAUAGAAGAUCAAACCAGCCAUCACAUACCCUUAAGCCAAAGCCUAAAUGAGAGGUAGGCCCUCACUCUCUUCAACUCUUUGCAGGCGGAAAGGGGUGAGGGAACUGCAGAAGAAAAGUUCGAAGCUGGCGAAGGUGGUUCUUGAGGUUUAAGAAAGGAAACCGUCUCCAGAACCUAAAAAUACCAGGUGAAGCAGCAAGUGCUGAUGUAGAAGCUGCUAGUUAUGCAGAAGGUGUAGCUAAGAUAAUUCCUGAGGGUGGCGACACUAAACAACAGACUUUGAGUGUGGACCAAACAGCCCAGAAAUCCUGAGGGCCUUUAAAAGAAGUAUGCUAGAUCUGCUCUGCCUGUGCUCUAGAACAGAAGGCAUGGUGAUCUGCCCUUCCACCAGUAUUGAUUGGACAUGCUAGAUGGGAAUGGGUGAGAUUGCAGGAGCUCAUUCAGGUUGUUAGUUUGCUACACCACAGCCCCUGGAAUAUGCAGCCUCCUGGAAUUUAUGGUGAAAGCCUGUGAGUGCCACCUAGUGGCAAUUGAUGGGAUUUGCGACCAGAAAAUUCCCAUUUGAGAAAUAGGACUUUGAGAUUUUCCCUGUGAUUGAAGGACAUAAAAUAACGUUGAGACCUGAACUACCCACAAUACCUUGGGUGACGUUGGGGAAAUGCUUUAACGGGGAGGGUAAUGCCCAGAAGUAUUCCAUCAUAAAAUGGAAAUGGUUUAUACAGGAACAGACCACCAGGAGAGUGAGAGAAAGUACUCAUGAGUAGGAGCCUCUUUUCCCCAAAGUCUGGCUCUGGAACCACCUGAGUAGCUGUUGGGUCCUAUGGCUACUGAGUCACUCGGCAGUGUCCCAUGAAAAGCUUUCCAUUGACCAACAAAAUAGUUGGUUUCUGGAGGGCAGUUCCACAGUAAAUGGACAGUUUCCUCUUUAGAAGUCCACUACUCUGAUGAGGAAGGUCAAAACAAAUCAGUUCAGUGGGCUGAAUUGUAUGCUGUUUUUCUAGCAAUGAUGGAAGAACUGAACAAUCAUAAAAGCCCCUGUGUUUGGGUUUUUACUGACUUACAGACAGCGGCCACAUGUAUCUGGCCAAUCAGAUUGGUGCUGGUAAACCUGACGGGAAGGGGGGGUUGUGGUACAAAUGGAUCCUGACAGGAACAUACAGUUACUCCGGACUGGGCAUAGCCUAUUCCGUGGUAGAUAUAAAUGUUGAGGGUACAAUAAAAGGACUGGAACAGAAGAUACUAGAAAUAUAUUGUCAGGUCACAUAUCUUCAGACCAAGGAACACACUUUAUAGCCCAUAAUGUUCAACAGUGGACAGAGGGAUAUAAUUUUCAGAGGAAUGGUUUGAUGGAGAAUUGGAACAGGCAGUUGAAAUAUAUAUAUAUAUUUUUAAACAGGGAAAUAAAGGCAUGAAGGGCUGGCUUACACACGUCCGUGAGUGUGUGCUCACACUCAACAUGAGGCCAAGAGAAGGUCCCCACAGACAGAUCCCUCUGCUUUUUCGGGGGUGGGGGCGGGUGGGUUUGGAGAAGAAGCGAUGGGAGGGAUGCUGGUUGGUAUCACUAUACUUUUCUCUUUUUUCCCCACAUCACCUCAACUUCCUUUGUCCUACCUGAGGCAGUGGUCCCAGGACCAGGGCUGCAACUACAGGUGCCAGAAGCUUCUAAGUAAGAAACUAUACCUUUAAACCUUUAUGUCAGAAUUCCUAAGGAUCUGCUGGGGUAGGUUGUGCCUUCACCCCAUCUGGCAGAAUUGGGGCUGCCACUGAAUGCAGCUAUAUCGCAGAAUGGUCUGGACAGCUCACCUUAGUUCUGCACCCAGUAAUCCUCCUGCCGUCCCCGCCCCAUCCCAGUGGAAGAGGCCUGAGUGGGGCAUAUGCUAGACCAGUAUUUCUGUUGGCAACCUGGACCAACACAGUGGCCAAACCUAACACCCCUUCCAAAAGUAGAAAAGUUAGGGUCUAGAUGGAGAAGAGGAGGAAUGGUAGCUGAGGGUUGAGGAAUGAGUGAGUGGCGUAUGCGGUGAGAGCAUGGCAGUGUGGCUGGCACUGGGGCCUGGAGAGGGACUCCAAGCCAGAUGUUGUCUCCUCUCGUUCAGUGACACCAGGUGCCUGAAAGGGCAGAGAUUCCUGUUGCUGUGAGACCACUCUUGCUUUUGGAACCUAAAAAAAACUGGGAGUCUGCAAACCUGAAUGGCAUCACUCUGGGGGACGUUUAAGUCACACAGUGUGAUGAUGGCCUGGACAGUUGUUAAUGACCGAGUGGGACUCUAGUAAUGUGCCAGAGCUUUGCAGAACACAUCUCCUGGCACACUGCGGUACGGUGUAAUACCGGCCUUGCUACAGUGCUGGUGUUCACAGUCAGAUGGACUGGGAAGUGGGGUCCAAGCCCCCUCAGGGAGCACCUGGGUGGCUCAGUUGGUUAAGCACUGGACUCUUGGUUUCGGCUCAGGUCAUGACCUCGGGGUCCUGAGAUCAAGCCCUGAGUCAGGCUCCACGCUAGGUGGGGAGUCUGCUUGUCCCUCUCCCUCUGCUCCUUCCCCGGCUUGCUCUGUUUCUCUCUCUCCCAUAAAUAAAUAAAAUCUUUUUUUUUUUUUUUUAAGCCUCCUUGGGAAGUAACACAGAUGGAAAAUGACUAUCCUGAGAAAGCACUGGAUUUACCUCACCUCACCAUCAGCUAAUUUCUUUUUAAAAUUAACUAAUUAAUUUAAGAUAGAGUGUGUGAGGAGGGACGGGGAGCCAGGCAGAGGGACAGGGAGAGAGACAAUCUCUAGCAGACUCCCCGCUGAACAAGGAGUCUGACAUGGGGCUUGAUCCCAUGACCCUGAGAUUAUGAUCUGAGCUGAAAUCAAGAGUCGGAUGCUUAACCAACUGAACCACCCAGGUGCCCCAGUGUCAGCUAAUUUCUAAGCUGAAUACCUCUGCACCAGCUUAUCAUAAGGUACAAAGGGGGAAAUAAAUAAUUAGGACAAAAAUAAGAAAAUGUAUGUACUUGCUUUAUAGGCUUUACAUUAGUUGUUUCUUUAAAUCUAUCCCUACUUCCACACUAGCCCCUCCAAAUAUUAGGGAAUAUGAUUAUUUUGUGGUAAGAGUCUUGACCAAAGGCAGUGGUGGCAUUUAACUUCACAAAAGAGGCCUCUGUCUUCUGCCCUCAGCUCUUGGAAGAUGAUCUUUGUUUGCCCAGAGGCCUUGGGUUAGCCAGUGAAUGACUGUGUGAUUUAAGGUGGGCUUUAGGUCACAUGACAUCAGUCCAGUGGAGACUUAAGAUCAACCACAUCGGCACUCAAUUAAUCAUGCCCAUGUAAUAGAGCUCUGAAAACUGAGUACUGAGUCUUGGAAUAGCUUCCCUAGUACUUGGUACUCUGUAUAAUUGUCACACAUCGAUACCGGGAAAGUAACAUGUCCUAAAUGCACGGGGAGAGAGAAUAGUGGCAGUCCUGCAUCUCCUAGUUCCCCAGACUCAUGAGCUUCUUUCCUUGGCCAGUCUUAAUCUGUAUCCCUUCCCUGUAAGAAGUUGUAUAAUACAGUGUAUGCAGUAUAUAUUUUAGCUUUGAGUGGGUUCUCUGAGUCCUAGCAAAUCAUCCCCAGCCAUUGUUUUAGGAAUCCCCUGAACUUGCAGUUGGUUUAAGAAGUGACUGUGUUCACUCUUAAUGUACAUUUGGCUGAAUUCCUCACGAAUCUCUACUCAAGAGGAAUCCAAAUCAUAAGCCCUUUGUUCUAACUGCCAGAUAGGUAAGGACUUGCUUGGUCUCUCAGGAAAAUAAAUGAAACAAAUACACACACGCACACACACACUUUGACAUAGUUAUAUUCUCUUUUUACUCCCUUUUAUGUUCUAGAAUAAAAAAUUAUAAAGCACGUUUUCUUUCUUUCAUGUCUUACAGUCAAGAGAAAACACAGUAGAAGUCCCAAGGGCGCCCGGGGGGCUCACUUAAGCAUCCAGCUCUUGGUUUCAGCUCAGGUCAUGAUCUCAUGGGUUGUAGAAUGGAGCCCCACGCCAGGCUCCACACUCAGCAGGGAGUCUGCUUGAGAUUCUCUCCCUUUGCCCUUCCCCCUGCUCGCAUGCACGUGCUCUCUCUCUCAAAUCUUUUUUUUUUUUUUAAGAUUUUAUUUAUUUUUUAGAGAGCAAGCGAGAGAGAAACAGCAUGAGAGGGGAGAGGGUCAGAGGGAGAAGCAGGCUCCCCGCUGAGCCAGGAGCCCGAUGUGGGACUCAAUCCCAGGACCCUGGGAUCAUGACCUGAGCCGAAGGCAGAUGCUUAACCAUCUGAGCCACCCAGGCGCCCUCUCUCAAAUCUUUUUAAAGAUUUUUAUUUAUUUAUUUGACAGAGAGUGAGACAGCAAGAGAGGGAACACAAGCAGGGGGUAGUGGGAGAGGGAGAAGCAAGCUUCCUGCCAAGCAGGGAGCCCAAUGCAGGGCUUAAUCCCAGGACCCUGGGAUCAUGACCUGAGAAAAGGCAGUUGCUUAAAACGACUGAGCCACCCAGGCGCCCCAAUAAAUAAAUAUUUUUAAAACAAUAGACGUUCCACCAAAAAAAAAAAAAAAAAAAAACACCCCAAGUUACUGGAAUUAGCAGAUAAGGACAUAAACUAUUAUAAAUAUAUAAAAUAAUUAAUGGGAAAAGAAUAAUAACUGGGAGAGAGAAGGGUAUAAUGAGUUGAAGAGUAUUUAUCCAGAACUUCUAAAUGUGACCUAAUUUGGAAAUAGUCUUUCACGGAUGUAAUUAGGUAAGUUAACAUGAGGUCCUAAUAUUGGGCCCUAAUCCAGUGACUGGUAUCCUUACAAGAAAGGGAAAUUUGGACCCAGAGAGACACAGGGGAGAACGCCUUGUGAAGCUAGAGGCAGAGAUUGAAGUGAUACAUGUACAAGCUGAGGACUGGCAAGGGUUACUGGCAGCCACCAGCAAUGAGGAGAGAGGCCUGGAACAGACUGUCUCGCAGAACCGCCAGAUGGACUAAUCUUGCUCAGCCCCGAGUUUGGACUUCUGGCCUCCAGCACUGUUGUAGACUACAUUUGUUUUUUUAAGCCAUUCAUUUUAUAGUACUUUGUUAUGAGCCUAGGAAAUUAAUACAUGAGGCCAUGAGAUAGUCUGGGAUAUGGAUGGAAAACUUUUUUAAGAAGACCAAAUGGAAAUUCUAGAUCUGAAAAACACAGUGGUUAAAAUAAAAACCACAGUGGAUGGGCUAAACACCAAGUUGGACUUCACAGAAGAAAGAAUAAGCGAACUUGAAGACAAGUAAAUAGAACUUAUCCACACUGAAGCAGAGAGAUUAAAAAACCACCACCUGAAAACAUGAACAACAUCGCUUAGCAUUGAUGUAUUCUCAGACUGGGAAGGGUACCUGAAAUUGGGAUCAGAGUAAGAAGAGGAAGAAAAUAGGGCGCCUGGGUGGCUCAGUUGGUUAAGCGACUGCCUUCGGCUCAGGUCAUGAUCCUGGAGUCCCUGGAUCGAGUCCCGCAUCGGGCUCCCCGCUCGGCAGGGAGUCUGCUUCUCCCUCUGACCCUCCCACCUCUCAUGUGCUCUCUCUCUCAUUCUCUCUGUCUCAAAUAAAUAAAUAAAAUCUUAAAAAAAAAAAAAAAGAGGAAGAAAAUAGGGCAGGAAGAAAUAUUUGAAGAAAUAAAGACUGAAAAACUUUACAGAAACUCACAACAUUCUAAACAAGACAAACACAAAGCAAGGCAACAGCUGAAAACCAAAGAUAAAAACUUACAAGUAGAUAGAGGAAAAAGACACAUCUUCGUCCAUCCUCCCCACCUGCCCUGCUUCCUGGGAGGUGGUGCUUCCUGUCCCCCUGGCUGGUAGCCCUGACCAUAUCCACAGGAGACCUUGAGGCCCAGGUGACCCUUCUCCAUGCUGGUCCCAGCCCCAGGCCUGCCUGCGGCAGCUCCCACAAUGAAGUCCACUUCUCGGUGUGGCCGCUCUGGUGCUCUUGCAGCCGCCCUCUCACUUCCACAACUUCCAGUCGGAGCGUCUCUAGCUCUUCAAGUGUGCCUUGCUCCCUUCUGCUGCUGGGAGCUCGCCUCCUUCAGAAUCCCUCUUGGCCGGGCCCCCUGGGUCGCAGAUGUCUGAAGAGUAGGUUUGCGCCUGCACGGUGUGGGUGCUGACUUCAGUGAAAUACACUUGGGAAUUCAUUCACAAGCCUUGCGCCGUCCUUUCUUCAAACGUAACUGAUUGUGGGUGGAGGUGUGGAGGACCAAUCAGCCUGUUGUGGGCCUCGUCCGCCUCUCCAGCAUCAGCCUGCACUGUGUUCUUUGCUCUCUGUGUUGCCAGCCACGUCCACCUUCUUUUGGUCCGCCUCCGUUCUUUUCAGCCUCAGGCCUUGGCGCCUGUUAAGUCUGCAGUUCUCCUACAGACCUCCUAUACAGAGAUACCUGUUCAUCCACUUCCCCAGCAAAACCUUCCCACACUUCCCUGAUUUGGACAGAUGCUCCUUAGGGCUUGCCUUCAUGUUGUGUCUUUUCCUAUGAGGACCUGGCAAAACUGUGACUGUUGUGCGAUUAUUGUGUCACUCCCCCCCCGCCCCGUGAGCUCUGCGAAGGCAGGAACCCUAUCUGGUUGUUCCCAUUUUGUAUUCUCCAGUCCUAGGCACAGAGCCUGCCGUCCAGGACCUACUCUGCUAAUACCUUGUGAGCGAAUCGAUGGGUGAAUGGGUGGACAGUUCCAGGCAGCAGUUGGUGGAGCAUAUCAGUGGUUCCUCUGGGAGUGACUUUUAGUCCUCAGGGGAAAAAGACCUUUGGUUUCUCUGACUGCCGUAUAUCAUGUGUUUCCCAGGACUGUCUCUUCAUACAGAAUCUAGGCCCUCUUAGCCAUUUCACACUCAGCCCCAGCCUGGCUGUAAUGCUCCACCCUGUAACAGCUGCUUUCAUCUUCCUGUCUCCACCCUUAGACUCACUGUUCCCGCAGGUGUAGCUACACCUACUGGUGCUGCCCUUAGAAGGCACUGCAUAUACUCCUUUGGGAGGCUAAAAAGUCAUGUUAAAGAAGUGCUCCUGGACUCAGGCAGCCAGGGGUUCUGUGGGAGGAAGAAACCUGCGUCUGGUUGCACUGGCCUCAGAAGUCAGGAGCUGCAACGUACUGGGCACAGAUGGGCAAGGGCUCUGGUCCUGCGACACUGCUGUCCUCACAGGGCUUCCUGAACAUAGAGGAGGGAGGUCACUUCCCGAGCCACACAGUUGAGAAGAAGCGGGCACAGGAGAGGAACCCAGCUCCGUGGGCUCCAGAACCCAGGGCUCCCUAGCAAGCUAGUUCGCCUGCUUCCAGAGUAUGGCUUGGCUUGGGAAAUCGGUACCCUACUGACAGUUUCGUAGCAACAGUAGCUUCCCUGCAGACGAGGAGGAGCCAGGAGACUAUUCCCCUUCGCCACAACAGGAAGCUGCGGCCCAGCGGGGGCGUAGGGGUGCAGAUGGCAGGCCAGCGAGGGCACGGACCCUUAAGCAUAGGAGCUGGAUCUGUGCCCCCCUCCCCCUGGCGCCUGCGCACUGCAGCUCCGUUCCCCGCCCAACGUCGCCCAACCCCGCCCCGAUUGCCCGGGUUUUCAAAUUUGAAACCUGCUCCUUUUCCCGCCUGAACAUGUUGACCAGCGGAGGGAGAGGGCGGGGCUGCACGCCGCCAAUAGUGCUUCAGAAGCUCGCCGGCCCCGCCCCGAAGGUGACGGCAGCGAGCCGCAGGAGGCAGCGGGCAAAUGGGCGAGAGUGCCCGCCGGCCCCGCCUCUGCGGCGCCCACGUGCAGCGACCGAGCUGGGGCCUCCCGGACACCCAGGGCCCCCAGAGUACCAUUUUAGGUGCAGAGCCUUCGCUAUCAGCUUGGGGCUAGAAACUGGGGCCCUGAUAUACUAAGCAGUCGGUGCGGGGUCGUUGAGCGAAAUGGGCAAGACGUGGCCCCCUUCAGCCCGGGGAUUCACUCAAAGACUGGGCCUGGAAUCGGCGCCCUUAGCAGCCCCGGGAGUGUGAGUGGGGGCGGGCUCGUGGAGGUGGUCUGCUGUUCCCUGGUCCCUUUUCAGGGGGGCGGGGCCAAGGGCUGGGCCGUCCCGGGGGGCGGGGUGUCCCAGGGGCGGGGCCGGGCCCCUGUGUUUGUUGCACCGUGUCAGUUACAUUGUAACAAAAGUGGUGCAGCCGCUCUUCCGGCCAGCACCUUAGGCCCGCCGGCCGCCAGCUGUCGCCGACAUGGAACCCGUGGCCAGCAAUAUCCAGGUCCUGCUGCAGGCGGCCGAGUUCCUAGAGCGCCGUGAGAGAGAAGCUGAGCAUGGCUACGCGUCCCUGUGCCCGCACCGCAAUCCAGGCCCAGUCUACAGGAGGAGGAAGCGAUCCCCCCAAGCUUCUGGCGCGCUGGACAGUGGGCGGUCUGUGCACAACGAGCUGGAGAAACGCAGGAGGGCCCAGCUGAAGCGGUGCCUAGAGCAGCUAAAACAGCAGAUGCCCCUGGGGCCUGACUGUGCCCGCUACACCACAUUGAGCCUUCUGCGCUGGGCCAGGACGCACAUCCAGUGCUGUGCUGAGCCCGGGACCUCGCCCCCUUGGGACCCACAGAAGCUGGAGGCGCAGGAGCAGCGGGCGCGGCGGCUCAAGGAGAAGCUGCGCAGCAAGCGGCAGAGCCUGCGGCGGCAGCUGGAGCGGCUCCGGGGGCCGGCGGGGCCGCGGGCAGACGGCCUGGACUCUUCGGGCCUCUCUUCCGAGCGCUCGGACUCGGACCGAGGUGAGUGCCCCGAAGCCAAGGGGUCGUGUGGGCUGAGCGGGCCGUGGCCCCUAACCGGCGGCCUCCCUGUGCAGAGGAAGCGGACGUGGACGUGGAGAGCCUGGCGUCCGGGGCCGAGGCUGAGCUGCUGCGGGGCUUCGGCGCGGGCCGGGAGCACAGCUACUCCCACGGCGGCAGCAGCUGGCUGUGAGCCCCCGCACGCUGCCCUCCGCUCGAGGCCGGAACCCGCCGCAAGCCUCAGGGGCUGCCUGCGACGGACUGAAAGGACCCUUCCGUGGGAACAGGAAGAGAGCAAGAACAUAAAAAAGGCCAUUCUGCUGUCUCAAACCUCUCCUCUGACCCUUUCAACUAAAAGGCAUAUAGACUCGAGAUCAGUAGAGUGUGUGCCAGCUCUAACCUGGCCCUGGACUUUGUCUGAAGGCUUUCUGUGCAGUGCUUUUAGCCUGCCUUCCACCCACUGCAGGGCCUGAGCUCCCUGGCAGGCGAAAUGAAAAUGGAAACCUGGCAAGCGUCACAGCUCUCAUUAUCUGACGAGUGACCCAGUACUUCCAAGAGCAACACUUAAAAGACAUGUCUCACAGCUGGAUCACUAUCUUCGUAAUUUAUAAAAAUAGAUUACGCCCUCAGGGUAGUCAGCUGUGAAGCCUUCGGAAAACUCUGGGGCAGAACAUCAAGGUGCUCGCUCACUCUGUGACCUUGCAGGGCACUUCCUCUCUCAGAACCUCACUUCCCUCUUUGCACAAUAGAGAGUAAUACCUAGCUCCCAGAGCCACUGUGAAGAAGUUAGCUGAGAAAAAGAAUGAGAGCUCUCUGAAAACUUUUAGAGUAUUCACAUGUGAGAAGAUACUGUAGGAUGUUCCUUUAACCAAGGGUUUUCCAGCUCUCUUAUAGGCAAGAAAUCAAAAGGUAUACGAAUCUCUCCUUCCAAAAUCUUAGGUGAAAACCCAUUAUGUAAGACAGAUAAAGUGGAACUCCUUUAAUCAUCAUGGGGUAAGGGGCCCAGAUCCUCUCCCCUCUGAGGCACAAACAAACAAACUGCUUAUGGCUUGAUAGACUCCGGUUUGAAAAAUCACUGCCUCCUUCCCUCAGCAUCACUUCUGUGGGCGCACACUCUGUGUGUGCCAGGCACAGUGAGGGUGCUCUGUAUUUAGUACUUGGGACAACUCUGUAAAACAAGUACCCCUCCCCCACAGUAUGAAUGAGUUAAAAAACUAACU